GUGGUGGAGAAUUCAUCGAGGCUUUAUCUUUAUACAAACCAUCAAGAGAAAUGUCUGGUCGAGGAAAAGGAGGCAAAAUAAAGGGAAAAGCGAAGUCUCGCUCUAAUCGAGCAGGCUUACAAUUCCCGGUUGGUCGUAUUCAUAGACUACUUCGCAAAGGCAAUUACGCUGAACGAGUUGGUGCUGGAGCACCAGUUUAUUUAGCAGCAGUUAUGGAAUACUUGGCUGCUGAAGUAUUGGAAUUGGCUGGUAAUGCAGCUCGGGAUAAUAAGAAGACUAGAAUCAUUCCACGACACUUGCAACUUGCUAUCAGAAAUGACGAAGAAUUGAACAAACUAUUGUCUGGAGUAACCAUCGCUCAAGGUGGCGUUCUACCAAACAUUCAAGCAGUUCUAUUACCAAAGAAGACUGACAAGAAGACAUAAUUUGUUUUCCAUUCAUUAACAACGGCCCUUUUCAGGGCCAC